CCGGGCUCGGGGGGAGCUUCCCGCCCGCCUUCCGCGCCUCCCGCCGCCACUUCGGCGGCUCCUCCGAGCAGCACCGCGGCUCCGGCUGAGCUGCCGGGGCCGCUGCCGCGCCCGAGCCACCAAUGCGGGGAAUAUUUGCAGGGAGGCAGCGGCACCGCGGCAGCGGGGAGGGCAGGUGAACUCCGGGGAAAGGAAGGAAGGAUGACCGGCGUCGCUGCGAUCCUCUUUCUCCUGCAGCUCUUGCCCAGGGUGGAGGGACAGCUCUUCCCAGGUGGUUGUUCAUUCGAUGAGCACUACAGUAACUGUGGUUAUAGCGUGGCCUUGGGAACCAAUGGAUUUACCUGGGAGCAGAUCAAUACCUGGGAAAAGCCAACAAUGGAUCCUGUUGUCCCAACAGGCUCCUUCAUGAUGGUGAACAGCUCUGGGCGAGCAUCUGGGCAGAAAGCUCACUUGCUGCUGCCUACGCUGAAGGAAAACGACACCCACUGCAUUGACUUCCACUACUACUUAUCCAGCAGAGACCGUUCCAGUCCUGGCUCUCUGAACGUCUAUGUGAAGGUGAACGGAGGUCCCCAGGGCAAUCCCAUCUGGAAUGUCUCAGGGGUUGUGACAGAAGGAUGGGUGAAAGCAGAACUUGCCAUCAGUACCUUCUGGCCGCAUUUCUAUCAGGUGAUAUUUGAAUCAGUCUCCCUGAAAGGACACCCAGGGUACAUAGCUGUGGAUGAAGUCAGAGUCCUCGCCCAUCCAUGCAGAAAAGCACCUCAUUUCCUGCGGCUUCAGAACGUGGAGGUGAAUGUGGGACAGAAUGCAACAUUCCAGUGCAUUGCUGGGGGGAAGUGGUCACAGCAUGACAAGCUGUGGCUCCAGCAGUGGAAUGGAAGGGACACAGCAUUAAUGGUCACUCGAGUGGUCAACCACAGGCGUUUCUCCGCUACUGUCAGCGUGGCUGACACCUCCCAGCGCAGCAUCAGCAAGUACCGAUGCGUCAUUCGUUCAGAUGGGGGAUCUGGAGUUUCCAAUUAUGCAGAGUUAAUAGUGAAAGAACCCCCAACUCCUAUUGCCCCUCCUGAGCUGCUGGCCGUCGGAGCUACGUACCUGUGGAUCAAACCCAACGCCAACUCCAUCAUUGGGGAUGGGCCCAUCAUACUGAAGGAGGUGGAGUACAGGACCACCACUGGGAACUGGGCAGAAACACACAUUGUGGACUCUCCUAAUUACAAACUGUGGCAUUUGGAUCCUGAUGUGGAGUAUGAGAUCAGAGUGCUGCUCACUCGCCCUGGAGAAGGAGGCACGGGACCCCCUGGACCACCGCUCACAACAAGGACGAAAUGUGCAGAUCCUGUCCACGGACCACAGAACGUGGAAGUUGUAGACAUUCGCUCCCGACAGCUGACGCUGCAGUGGGAGCCCUUUGGCUACGCUGUGACUCGCUGCCACAGCUACAACCUCACUGUCCAGUACCAGUAUGUGUUCAACCAGCAGAAGUUCGAGGCAGAGGAGCUCAUCCAAACUUCCUCCCACUACACCUUGCGAGGUCUUCGACCCUUCAUGACCAUCAGGCUGAGGUUAGCUCUCUCUAACCCAGAGGGCAAAAUGGAAAGUGAGGAGUUGGUUGUGCAGACAGAGGAAGAUGUUCCUGGACCUGUUCCCUUGGAAUCCAUCCAGGGAGGACCUUUUGAAGAGAAGAUCUAUGUUCAGUGGAAGCCUCCAAAUGAGACAAAUGGCAUCAUUACACUCUACGAGAUCACAUACAAGGCCGUUGGGUCUCUGGAUCCCAGUGCUGACCUGUCCAGCCAAAGAGGGAAAGUCUUCAAGCUAAGGAAUGAAACACAUCACCUCUUUGUAGGAUUAUACCCAGGGACUACGUAUUCAUUCACCAUCAAAGCCAGCACCGUCAAGGGCUUUGGGCCACCCAUCACAACACGGAUUGCAACCAAGAUUUCAGCACCAUCGAUGCCAGAGUAUGACACAGACUCCCCGCUGAACGAGACGGACACUACCAUCACCGUGAUGCUGAAGCCAGCCCAGUCCCGGGGAGCGCCUGUCAGUGUCUAUCAACUUGUUGUCAAGGAGGAGAAGCUGCAGAAAGCACGGAGAGCCGCAGACAUCAUUGAAUGCUUCUCUGUCCCAGUGAGCUACAAGAAUGCUUCCAGUCUCGACUCUCCACACUACUUUGCAGCUGAGCUGAAGCCUAUCAACCUGCCUGUCACACAGCCAUUCACAGUGGGUGACAACAAAACCUACAACGGCUACUGGAAUGCUCCCCUGUCUCCCCUGAAAAGCUACAGCAUAUACUUCCAGGCUCUUAGCAAGGCAAAUGGAGAAACAAAAAUCAACUGUGUCCGGCUGGCAACAAAAGGAGCUUCCACCCAGAAUUCCAAUGCAGUGGAACCAGAAAAACAAGUUGACAGCACGGUGAAAAUGGCUGGAGUUAUAGCUGGUCUGCUGAUGUUUGUCAUUAUCCUCUUGGGAGCCAUGCUUACCAUCAAGAGAAGAAGAAAUGCCUAUUCCUACUCCUAUUACUUGCAUUCAAGCCAAUGUUUUAGGGGCCUCUCUGUCUUCUACAGGACCAGGAAGCUAGCCAAGAAGCAGAAGGAGACCCAGACCAGCACACAGAGGGAGAUGGGUCCUGUGGCUACUUCUGACAAGACCUCUACCAAACUCAGUGCUGUUCACAAUGAAGAAGCUUUUUCUUCCAGCUGCCAAGAUGUUAAUGGAUUCACAUCACCCUCUCCUUGUUCAUUUUCUGUCCAAAGCAAAACCCUUCAGAGCAAAUCUCUGUUGAAUUCCUACUACUCAGUAUCGUCAGACACUGUUCCAUCGACCACGCUUCUAGACAGCAGCCAUGGAGAGAUGACCCAGCCAACCCUGACUAUCCAGACCCACCCAUACCGCAGCUGUGAGCCGGUGGAAAUGUCCUACCCCCGGGGGCAGUUCCAGCCAGCCAUCCGCGUGGCCGACCUGCUGCAGCACAUCACCCAGAUGAAGCGAGGCCAGGGCUAUGGAUUUAAGGAGGAGUAUGAGGCCCUCCCCGAGGGGCAGACAGCAUCCUGGGAUACAGCCAAGGAGGAUGAGAACCGCAACAAGAACAGAUACGGAAACAUAAUCUCCUAUGAUCACUCAAGAGUGAGAUUGCAGCUGCUGGAUGGGGACCCUCACUCUGACUACAUAAACGCCAAUUACAUCGACGGCUACCACCGGCCUCGCCAUUACAUUGCAACCCAAGGGCCUAUGCAAGAGACAGUGAAGGAUUUCUGGAGAAUGAUUUGGCAAGAAAACUCUGCAAGCGUUGUCAUGGUCACCAACUUGGUGGAAGUCGGCCGGGUAAAGUGUGUUCGAUACUGGCCAGAUGACACCGAGGUCUAUGGAGACAUUAAAGUCACUCUGAUUGAGACAGAGCCCUUGGCUGAGUAUGUCAUACGUACAUUUACUGUGCAGAAGAAAGGCUACCAUGAGAUCCGAGAGAUUCGGCAGUUCCACUUCACCAGCUGGCCAGACCACGGCGUUCCCUGCUAUGCCACCGGCCUCCUGGGCUUCGUCCGGCAAGUGAAGUUCCUCAAUCCCCCAGAAGCAGGACCCAUUGUUGUGCACUGCAGUGCUGGUGCUGGGAGGACAGGGUGCUUUAUUGCCAUUGACAUCAUGCUUGACAUGGCAGAGAAUGAAGGUGUGGUAGAUAUCUUCAACUGUGUGCGAGAGCUGCGAUCCCAAAGGGUUAAUCUGGUGCAGACAGAGGAGCAGUAUGUGUUUGUCCACGAUGCCAUUUUGGAGGCCUGUCUCUGUGGCAACACAGCCAUUCCAGUUUGUGAGUUCAGAUCCAUAUAUUACAACAUCAGCAGACUAGACCCACAGACCAAUUCCAGCCAGAUAAAAGAUGAGUUUCAGACGCUGAAUAUCGUGACGCCGCGCGUGCGGCCGGAGGACUGCAGCAUCGGCCUGCUGCCGAGGAACCACGACAAGAACCGCUGCAUGGACGUGCUGCCCCUCGACCGCUGCCUGCCCUUCCUCAUCUCCGUGGAUGGCGAAUCGAGUAACUACAUCAAUGCUGCACUCAUGGAUAGCCACAAGCAACCUGCUGCCUUUAUUGUAACCCAGCACCCUUUGCCCAACACCAUAGCAGACUUCUGGAGGCUGGUGUUUGAUUAUAACUGCUCCUCUGUGGUGAUGUUGAACGAGAUGGAUGCAGCACAGCUCUGCAUGCAGUACUGGCCAGAGAAGACCUCCUGUUGCUACGGCCCAAUUCAAGUGGAGUUUGUUUCAGCAGACAUUGAUGAGGAUAUCAUCAACCGGAUAUUCCGGAUCUGCAACAUGGCCAGGCCGCAGGACGGGUAUCGCAUAGUCCAGCACCUGCAGUACAUCGGCUGGCCAGCAUACAGGGACACUCCUCCUUCCAAACGCUCCCUCCUGAAGGUGGUCAGAAGGUUGGAGAAGUGGCAGGAGCAGUACGAUGGGAGAGAUGGACGGACUGUGGUCCACUGCCUGAACGGUGGGGGCCGCAGCGGCACCUUCUGUGCCAUCUGCAGCGUGUGUGAAAUGAUUCAACAGCAGAACAUCAUCGACGUGUUCCACAUAGUGAAAACGUUACGGAAUAACAAAUCCAACAUGGUGGAGUCACUGGAACAGUAUAAAUUUGUAUAUGAGGUUGCACUGGAAUACUUGAGCUCCUUUUAGCCCAGCGGAGGAGGGAAGGGAGCCUCCAAAAUGCCAGGCCCCAAUCUCUGGCAGACGCUUCUCCCUUCUCCCACACUGGAAGGCAGUGACAGGUGUGGGAAGGGAAACCUCUCCUUCCCAGAGCAAGAGACUGGGAUUGCACAGACCUCGCUGGAUGGAGGAGGCGCCGCCUGCGUUUGCUGCUGCCUGCUUUCUAUCAGAACAUCUACUGCUUCUUAAAUAACCUCCUGUAAACAUUAGCAACGUGGCAGACAGGCUGAAAGACUGGUCUGGACUUCCUAAUCCCCUCUGACUUCUUCUCUCCUCUCUUGGAUUGUAUUUUUUUGCUCUCCUUGCUGCAGAGCGGGGAAGGAAUGAAGCCCUUGGGAAAUUCUCUUUCAAAUGCCUCCUUUUUAAUUUAUAACUUUGUUCUCAAAUCCCAGUCUUUAAUUUUUUUUAUUUUUUUUUAAUUUCAUGCAGCAGUCAUUUGGGAAAAAUGAGAUAGCCAUAGGGGAUGUGUGAAGUGUUUCAUUACAGUUCGUCUACCUUAUCUGCUUUCCUUUUACUUGUUUUACCAAAUGGAAAGGUCAACACACACGCACACACACACAUAAAAAGAAACCCACUGGAGUUCUCUUCCCUUAUGUAGUCCCUUUUGGCAUGAAAAUAGAUGGUGGAGAUGAGAAGCUGUUCAUGGAUUCACCGCCUUGGCUUCCCCCCACAUCUGGCCAGACGCCCAAGGCUGGGCAUGAACCGCUCACAUCUCUCCGGUCUGCGUUUGGUUCGGCGCUGGUGAAGCACACCACCGUUAAGGAGUUCCCCAGCCACUUGAACUUUAAGGUUAAAUAUUUGCAUCAGAGGAAUUGCAUCUGUCUAGCAAGUUUUGGUAACUUUGUUACCAUAUUUAUCAAGUAUUUGCUGGGUGCAGUGUGUCUCUGAAGAACAGGGUAUGAAGUAGGUACUAGCGAUCAUGUACUAUGUGUUAUUAUUUUCUAUUUAUUGUUUGUAAUGCUGUAGAGCUUAGGACCCCUAGUCAUGACAGCACCCUGCUGAACUAGGCACUGUGCAAACAGAGAGCAAAGGAGGUUCCUGCUCCAGAGCUUAAAAACUGAAGGGUAAUCUUGAAACGGGGCUUGGUCAACAUUUCCUCACUGUUUCCAACCCAUUUUGGUCAGUCAGAUGUAGCUGAGUGAUUCAUUUGGUUUCCCAGGCCCUACAAGCUUCAAAAUGUCAACCUAGCCAAGAUGUUGGAAAGGUGAUGUACAUACACAGAAACCUACUCUGACACUUGGUGAGAGAAGUGUUAGACCAGCACAGCAAAUUUCCUUCUUAAGCAAAACAGCUUUUGUUCUGUUCUGCAGAAACGCCUGUGCCACUCUCCUGCUUGGAAACAAAUGCCAGAUGUGUUUUGCCACGGCCCUGGAUCUCUCUCUGACUUCUUAGCAGCUAAGAAAUUGCUUUUCUGGAAGAGUAUGUUUAAGUAGUUAAUCAUUAAGGUCUGCAGGGUAAUCUCAGCGAAAAAAAUAAUUGAGUGAAAAAGGCCUUAUAACAUUCAGUAUUUCAGUUUAGCCCUUUAUUUAUCUUGAGGGUGCAGGGCUGUGAGGUUGUUCUCUGUGUGUAUUAGAUCCUGGGAGAUGUAGGUUUCUUCAAAUGCACACAUGCUGAAAGAUAGUCUGGAGGUAAGAGUUUAAGGAAACUCUACUUUCUUACCACACUCUAGCUUCCCACCCUCAGGUAAAUACUCAGAGACUGUGCUGGGAGCUCUGUCAUGUCAGUGGCUGGCCCAGAGCGUCCCAGAGUUCAAAUGUGUUGCUCAUUCUGUAUGCAAACACCUCUGCUUCCUGGUCAUUCUUCCUU